AUGACCGCCGUAGAGAACAUUGACUGGACCCAAUUACUGAACAACAUAUCACUCACAGCUCAACAUGGUAAUGACGGCAACCGAAUUGCCACGGCAAACGGGGCUUUCAAACGAACAGUAGAACAAUUGGUCCAAGUCCUUAAUGACCGUGCCAGGCUUUUCGCCAACAGUGCCCAGUUUGAUGCAGCGUUACGCGAUGCAGCAGCCAUAAGGACCAUAUUACCAGGAUCAGGUUUUGGGUACUUGACUACAGGAGACGUGCAGUGUCAGCAAGGACGUUAUGCAGCAGCUAUUGCCAUGUACGACCAAGGACUUGCAGCAGUGCCUGAAUCGGAUCAAUAUUACCAGCAACUUCAGCAGCAUCGAUCGGUAGCAGUAGCCAACAGCAACAAACGCGUCGAUUAUAUCAGUCAGCUUCCAUUGGAUAUCGUUAUCACCAACAUUAUACCCAGGGUGGAUCCCAAGUUCCAUUCAGAUUUCUUAUGCGAGUAUCUUUAUGUAUCACGUACCUGGAAGGAACGUUUCUUGCAGCAACCUAAUGGCUUGGACUUUGAUUUCGGCGAAGAGACUGAGACCUUCAAGAGGGGCCAUGAUCAACUUGUCCGAUUUGCUCCCUAUGUUCAAAAGUUACAUGGCAAUGUGUUCGAUGAUGCAGAGUUAGAGGAUCUCUUUUCCCGAGGACGCUUUUCUAAUCUUAAGAACAUGAAUAUAUGCUGUAAUGACACCACUCUACGUCGUCCAUUGGUCAACGGCCUUCGACUGAUUGCUGAUUCUUUGACGCAUUUGGCUAUUUAUUUGAGUCCUUCUAUUCAAUUACGUGAUAUCCUGGAAUCGUGCCCCAACCUUGAAUCCUUGUUAACAAUGCGAGUGGAUGCAGUUAUGCCUUCUUCACCAUCAUCACGCUAUCCCAAAAUGAAGAGCCUAGCACUUUACAACCUAUCAGACCCUGAUCUCACACAUGCCAAUAUGGUGGAUGUCCUUAGUCGAUUCCCUUUUUUAUUGUCACUUGAAAUUCAUUAUACGCCCGAAUCCAGCAUCCUGCCUAUUCUACGUGAACACUGCCCAUAUCUUCAAAGGCUUUAUUUUGGUGCUAGGAACUACCUUCUUGACAACAUGGAUUUCCAGCCCAAUCGAAAAGGGGUCCGCUGGGCUUAUCUAGGAGGAGGUGACGAUUACGACUAUAUGCAAGAUGAUUUGAUCAAGUUCUUACACCAGCACAGAAAGACACUGGAAACGUUUGAUAUUGGCGCCGAGAUUAAUGCGGAUAACCCUUCGUUGGAAAUAUCAAAUGGAGAAAUUGUGGAUGCUGGUGACUACGACCCUUGGGCUGCAUCGGCUGCAGAAGUAAUUCAGGAAGAAGACGACGCAUCAGAUACUGCAUUUAUGCGAUUGACAGACAUUCGUUUUUCGGAUCACGAUUAUCCUUCAGCUGAAGCUUUUAUUAUAUGGUUGAUAUUGAAGGCACCGAAUCUCAACGCCAUCCAUCUCCCCGAGUCUCAUAUUCUACCACGGAUCGCAUACGUCAUGACCAAGGCAAAGCGUCUUUCCAAGCUAGAGAUCUUUCAAAAAAUGAGAUAUCACGACCACAAUGGCAUCAAACAAUUUCUGGAACAUCAUGUUGGAUUGGGGGAUCAAUCAACACUCGAGAAAAUGAUCAUACACGUGGAUACACAGAUGUUUCAUGUUUCAUGGCUGCCUUUGAUCUUCAAGCUGAGAUGCCUCAAGGACUUGAAUAUACUCGUGAAUACCAUUUCCGAAGAAUGCCUAUCAGCAUGGGAAGAAAUCGGUCAAGGUUGCCCCGCUCUAGAAGAGUUGACUCUGGGUAUGGAUGGUGCGGAAUUUGUUGAGGGUUUCAUGGAGCCUUUGCGUCACCUACAGAAACUCAAAUGCAUCAGAAUCAGGGCGCAAGUCUUACCUACUCCGGACUUUGCAAUUUUGGUGACAAUUCCCAGCUUAGAAUGGAUCUAUCUUCAUUGUAAUGUACCAGAUUUUAUGGUCAGGGUUUUAAGGGCGGGCAAUGCAAAACUUAUAGUAGAAAAACCAGAAGAUGAUGAAUGA